UGAGGAAGAGUCAAGUUGGACCGAUUUAUAAUAGAGUGUCUCUCAUCAUAUUUCCCAGCUUCUUUCUCACAGAAUCACAUAGUGAAUUUCGCGAGUGCGUUUUGUCGUUUGGUAUUCCUGGGUGAGGAAGAGUUACACUGUCAGUGCAAUUUCUAUAAACGUGUGCUCUAAGGAUAACACAUAUUCAAAAAAAGGAUUAAUCAAGAGCUGAGUUGUAACUUACAAAGAAUACUCUUAAGCUAGUUUCUGCCGACUUUCGCCGCCCCUUUUCCAACUACAAUGUCAAACACAUCGAGUAAUUCAAAAUGUAUGCAAUUUUUCCGGAGGAACUUACUUACAAUGCUAACCAUUGUGGGUGUUUUUGGUGGCACAAUUGUGGGCCUCCUGCUCAAAAUGGGUUCAGAACAUUGGUCAGAGCGCGAGGUGAUGUAUCUUCAAUAUCCGGGAGAUCUCUUUCUAAGAAUGCUCAAGUGUCUCAUAGUGCCACUGUUAGUGUCAUCUAUAACUAGCGCUAUUGGUGCCUUAGAUUUAAGUAUGUCCGGGAAAAUAGCUACCAGGGCAAUCAUCUACUACUUCACCACAACCAUUUGCGCCGUCAUCCUCGGCAUCAUCCUUGUGUGUUCAAUCCGACCGGGAUCCGGUGGAAUGGUCAAAGAAGUGGAGAAAGGCGCUGUGACCCGGCACGUGCUCACAUCGGAUACCCUUCUGGAUCUUGUGCGGAAUCUCUUUCCACCCAAUUUAGUCCAAGCCACAAUUUUUCAAUACCGUACAAUUUUGGUGCCACCACUCAAUGCCACAAAUGUUCCCCUACAACAAUACAAAAUCACAUCGGAGUUCACCCAAGGCACCAAUGUUCUCGGCCUCGUGAUGUUUAGCGUAGUCCUCGGCGUGACUAUUGGGAAGAUGCGUGACAGCGGAAGGCCCCUUCAGGAGUUCUUCACAGCUCUCAGCGAAGCCAUGAUGAUCAUCACGUCUUGGGUGAUUUGGAUUUCCCCCAUUGGUGUGUUCUUCCUCGUCAUGUCCAAGAUUCUGGAGAUUGAAUCAUUUGGCGAUAUGAUUGGACAAUUGGGAUUCUACUUCCUCACUGUUAUGCUGGGAUUAUUCCUCCAUGGAUUUGGUACAAUUGCGGUCUUGUUCUUCUUGACCACAAAAAGGCUACCAUUUGGUUAUAUCGCAAAGAUGGGACAAGUUUUGGCUACAGCUUUUGGCACGGGUUCCAGUUCUGCCACAAUGCCCAUCACUAUUGGUUGCCUCGAUGACAUGGGAAUUGAUCCUCGUGUGACGAGAUUUGUCAUUCCGGUGGGAGCCACGAUCAAUAUGGAUGGAACUGCACUUUACGAGGCUGUGGCUGCUUUAUUCAUCGCCCAACUGCGUGGAAUUUCCCUCACUUUCGGACACAUUGUGGCCGUGAGUGUAACAGCAACAGCGGCAUCAAUAGGAGCAGCUGGUAUUCCUCAAGCCGGACUUGUAACAAUGGUGAUGGUUUUGGACACUGUAGGACUUCCCGCUGAAGAUGUUACAAUCAUCAUUGCCGUGGAUUGGCUUUUGGAUCGCUUUAGGACGACAAUAAAUGUUAUGUGUGAUGCAUUGGGAACAAUUUUAGUCAAUCACUUAUCGAGAAAGGACCUCAAACAUGAAUUGGACCGAGUCGAUGCUGAGCCACAUGAACUCCAGGAAUUAGGCGCAGGCGAUACACAAAUUAAAGAAUAGAUAAGAUCCCACGUGUACAAAGAUAAUUAAAGAGAGAUUGAAAUUUUAUUUAAGGACUUGUAUAUAUACUUAAUACUUUUCCAAAGCUCAUGAAGCGUCUUAAUUUUGAAAUUGUUUUUCUUACAAUUUCUCUAUGCAUUCUCGAUAUAUUUUUUUACGCACACUCUUCAAGACAAUAACAAAACUCUUUUCGUCUGUCAUCUUUCUCAUUGAACUGCUUUUUUAAUCAAUGUUUGUCAUUGGACAAGUAAAUUUUAUCGAAAAGACACUGAUUAGUCAGUAUAAUGUAAGUGUUGAAAAUACAAUAAUAUGUAAUUUAAAGACAAAAAAAAAUUAUAUGGAAGCAUGAAAAAGUUGUUAUUUGUGUCACAUGAGAGAAGAUUUGUGGAAAUUUAUUGUAAUUUGAAAAAGAAGAGAAAAAAAAAUGAUAGAAAGGAAUAUUAGAUGAGAAUAAUUGUUAAAUGGAAUAGAAAUUUGAUGUUUCCAAUGUUGAUUCCGAAUAAAUGUGUCGCCGUGAGUGAGGCAAAAUA